AUGAAGCCAGCAUAUUCAGCCGCGCCGUCAUACGCGUCCGCCAGAACACCCACUGGCGGAUAUGGCGCAAGCAACAGCACCAACCCACCUCGCGCGGGCGGGUACAGCGCGUUCACAGCAUUUCAGCCACGCUCCGUAGCCGCCAGUCAGCCCUACCGUACCAGUAGCCCCGCGGUGUCGACGCCCCCCGUCUCGUCUGCGGGUUAUUCUACCCCGACCACUACGUCAGGCUACGGUACCUACUAUUCGCAACCUCAGACAUCCUACCAGGGCAAUGCCUCCUACUACGGCGCCGCGCAGUAUAACGAUAACGCAUACGGACCAACUGUGCCGCAAAUCCAGAACCCGUUUGGAAAUCCGGGGGAUCAGCGCGGCAAGCGCAACGACCCCGGUCUGGAUCCCGAAACCGAGGCCCAGAUUGCACAGUGGCAGAGCGCAUACGUGAACAAGGACGAAGCCCAACCCAUUGGCAAAGUGCCCGGUCGUCGCGAUGGCGGCCCGGCCAUGACCAGCGGUGCGAAUACCCCGUCUGCCGGUCCCACCGCCGCUAGCACCCCCGUCUCCGCUCCCGGGCGCUCGGAGCCCGCUCCCAAGACCGUUGUGCGGUCCGGCGGUGGUCAGACCUGGCAGGAUCCCACGCUUCUGGAAUGGGAUCCGGCGCAUUUCCGCCUCUUUGUAGGAAACCUCGCGGGCGAGGUCACCGACGAUUCUUUGUUCAAGGCGUUUGCUAAAUACUCGUCGGUCCAGAAGGCACGCGUCAUCCGCGACAAGCGUACGCAGAAGAGCAAGGGAUACGGGUUCGUCAGUUUUAGCGAUGGCGAUGACUAUUUCAAGGCCGCCAGGGAAAUGCAAGGGAAGUAUAUCGGAUCGCACCCCGUCCUACUUCGUCGCGCUACUACCGAGGUCCGCCCCGUGUCGAACAACAAAAACGGGAAAAAGCACGGUGGCGGCGGGGGCUCGGGUAGUGGUCACGCCGGAGGCAAGGUCAAGCACGACGGUGUGAAGAAGUCUGGAAAGACGAAGGGUGGACUGAAAAUUCUCGGUUAA